AAUGCCACAGUGCCCCUUGUUCGCUGUGUGUAUGUCCGUGUUUGGGCUAUGUAACAGAAAUAAAAAAACGUUAUUUUGAAGGUCGCUCAUCCUGUGUUUACUCUCAGCAGUGAUAAAGUAGGACACGCGCUAUAGCUAAAUCAGAUAAAGAAAAGUAGUACAGAACAGUACAGAAGGGGAAAUUACAGAAGAGGACAUCGUUUUUUUUCUUCCUGAAAAGUUUAAAACCUCCAACACAGAUGCUUCCGGCCGCCCUGAUUGGUGGAAGUGAUGUGUGAACUAGAUGACCUGGCCAGCCAAUCAGUGGACCAUGAGAGUGUGCUGAUGGUCAAAGCCACAGUGUUUCUACCAGAGCUAGAGAGGGAGUGGAGGACAGGAACACAGGCAGAGGAAGAGGGAAAGGCAGAAGAGGAGAGGAGAGGAAUGGGCAUUGGUAAAAACACCACCUCCAAAUCCAUGGACUCCACCACAGAGCCUGGCAAAUAUGAGGAGGAGAACAAACACAGUGCACACUUCUACCCCAUCCCAGUUGUUAAAGGUGUUGUCCAGACCCCUGGAGAUCAAGACACAGAGGACACAGAGCUCAUGGGCAUUUAUGCCAAAGACAGCCAGACAGAGGACAAGUGCUCCAUAUCAGAGACGGAGGACAGUGCAGACAGCAUAGAUGCCACGAGAAUGGAUAUGAUAUACACCAUAGAGGACACGCCACCUUGGUACCUGUGUGUGUUCCUGGGUUUACAGCACUACCUUACCUGCUUCAGUGGAACUAUCGCUGUGCCCUUCCUGCUGGCAGAGGCCAUGUGUGUGGGUUAUGACCAGUGGGCCACCAGUCAGCUGAUCGGUACUAUUUUCUUCUGUGUGGGCAUCACCACUCUGCUGCAGACCACCCUCGGCUGUCGGCUCCCAUUAUUUCAGGCAAGUGCUUUUGCGUUUCUCGCACCAGCAAGAGCCAUUCUUUCACUGGAUAAAUGGAAGUGUAACACAACAGCUUUUACUGUAUUAAAUGGCACAGAGCUGCCUCACACAGAAGACAUCUGGUACCCCAGGAUACGAGAGAUCCAGGGUGCUAUCAUAGUCUCCUCUAUGAUAGAGGUGGUCAUAGGGGCUUUAGGUUUGCCAGGUGUCUUGUUGAAGUACAUUGGACCUCUCACCAUCACCCCAACUGUCACUUUGAUUGGCCUUUCUGGCUUCCAGGCAGCUGGAGAGAGGGCGGGCAAACACUGGGGCAUCGCCAUGCUAACCAUAUUCCUGGUGCUGCUGUUCUCUCAGUAUGCACGUAACGUCCAGUUGCCACUCCCCAUUUACAAGUCCAAGAAGGGCUGGACUUCUUACCGCCUACAGUUGUUCAAGAUGUUUCCAAUCAUCAUGGCAAUCUUGGUGUCUUGGUUUCUGUGUUUCAUCUUUACGGUGACCGAUGUGUUUCCUCCUGAGAAAAACAAGUACGGGUUCUACGCCCGCACGGACGCCCGACAGGGCAUCGUGGCAGCCGCCCCCUGGUUCAAGAUACCCUACCCCUUCCAAUGGGGGCUGCCCACAGUGACCGCAGCAGGGGUGAUUGGCAUGCUCAGUGCUGUGGUUGCCAGUAUCAUAGAGUCCAUUGGAGACUACUACGCCUGUGCCCGUCUCUCCUGUGCCCCUCCACCACCUAUACAUGCCAUUAACAGAGGGAUCUUUAUAGAGGGUCUUUCCUGUGUUCUUGAUGGCGUCUUUGGGACAGGGAAUGGCUCCACAUCUUCCAGCCCAAACAUCGGUGUACUGGGCAUCACAAAAGUGGGAAGCAGGCGGGUCAUUCAAUAUGGUGCAGCUCUGAUGCUGUUACUGGGAAUGGUGGGUAAAUUCAGCGCUCUUUUCGCAUCAUUGCCGGACCCAGUUCUGGGAGCGCUGUUCUGCACGUUGUUCGGCAUGAUCACCGCUGUUGGCCUUUCCAACCUGCAAUUUGUGGACCUCAACUCUUCCCGCAACCUGUUUGUCCUUGGCUUCUCCAUUUUCUUUGGCCUGGUCCUGCCCAGCUACCUCAAAGAGAAUCCCCUAGUCACCGGUAUAGUGCAGAUAGACCAGGUGCUGAAUGUUCUCCUUACAACUGCCAUGUUCGUUGGAGGUUCUGUGGCAUUUGUGUUGGACAAUACUAUUCCUGGCACUCCAGAGGAAAGGGGGAUCCGUAAAAUGAAUCGUGGAAGCAGCGGAUCUAAACGGGACGGAAUGGAAUCUUACGACCUUCCAUUUGGUAUGGAUUUCCUGCGCCGCCAUCGCAUUUUCCAGUACCUCCCAAUCAGCCCCACCUUUGUGGGCUACCAGUGGAGUGUUCUCACCCAUAGCUGCCACGAGCAGAGCAAAAGGAGAGAGGACGACAUUCCAGCAAAACCAGAACUGGGAGAUAGUGGGGUAUAGUUUUAGCCCCAGUAGAUUUUAAGUGGGAGAUAUAAUGAUCACUGCAAACUUUCAUUUCUACCCAGUCAGUUAAACCCCAGUCCACUGCUGUUUUAGUUCUUUAGUAAACAGCCAACUACAGUUUUCAUCCCACAGUCCUUUAAAAACUCUGGAACUCUGGAUUAUUUUUGGUCGACUCAUGAGGUUGCCAGCACUAUGUUUUGUUUCUAGCUGUUGAAAUGACUGUUGCUAAAACUCUUGACUGCACAACAGCUUGAGAUAUUAUUUUAAGGUGUCUCCAUGACAACGCUGAAUAGAUGCAAUUCAGGCUGCACUAGUUUGUCUAUUUUUUUGUGUGUGGUUGGACAGGAGAACAGAGACUGAUCAAUGAAAAUCAUUUUAUAAAAUCUACCAAUUUUGAGACAUCAGUGUUCCUUUUUUAGCAGACCUGCACUGCUUUGGGUGCACAAAGCAUCAUUAGAAACAACAGUGUUGAUUGGAUAUGCUAGAACUGGAAUUUAUGAGUACUAAUUAAUAGUGACCACUGUCUCACAUAUGGAAGUAUGUGAAAAAUGACAAAUGUCUUUAAAAAAAGUACACUGAAUUGCACUUCUUGAAAAGUAAAUGCAUUGCAUUAACAAUGCUUGCAUUUUUAGGGAUGCAAUUUUAUAUGGUUGUAUAUAGGGAUGUCCCGAUAUGAUUUUUGGAGAAUGAGUACGAGUACCGUCACUUUUUUUGCCAGAUUUUUUUGUUUUAUUUUUUUCUGAAUUCCAUAUCAACGGUUUCAUUUUUAUCAUCAAAAUUAUGCUUAAAUGCAUUGAUUAAAACUUUAAUCAAAUUAAAAUAUAACAAUUAAUUUUCAAAAUAAUAUUGUAUUUAUUUUUAUCAAAUGAAGUGCUAUUAUACAGAACCUCACAGCACAAUCCAAAAUACAACAUUGGAGCUAUUUUUGUCACUGCUUAACAGAACAUCAUAGAUGUGAGAUAUUGCUUAAGUAUAAUACAAUUACUAUUGAUUUAUUAUUAGUAGUAGUAGUAUUACAGUGAAUAUUACAUAGCAAUACAGUAGUGAUCUAUUUCUGUUGUAUGUUUUUCCCUUUAAAUUGAGCUUUUAUUUUGGCUGAGCAUUUAUUUUGAACGACGGUAGGCUUCAGAAUCCAGUCAAACUGGUCGCUGCGUGACUCAAAGUGAUUAUUAAACCGCAAAAGGCUGCUAUUUAAUUAAAUAUGUAGUCUGUAUGUGACUCACGCAAAAAAGUGAAUUACCGCUCUGCUCUCUAUCAUCUGCUACAAGCAAGGUGCGCGAUGCUCAUUAUGGUGUUUUCCAUGUAUGAGUCAAAGAUCUCUAAAAGGGAUGAGCACUUUGUGUCUGCGUGUCAGCUUUUGCGAUUUAAUAUUCUCAUUAGGACACAACGUGAUUUUAAUUGUGUGCUGAAUGUUUGCAGAAUGACAUCGUACGUCAGAUGGUAUCGGUUUUUGGUAUCGAAGCAUUUUUACAAGCACAUGUACAAGUACAACAGCACGGUAUCGGACCCAAUUCCAAUACCAGUCUUGGUAUCGGGACAUCCCUAGUUGUAUAUUUAAGCUGUGAAUAUUUGAAUUGAAAAAAAACAAAUCAUAAUUAAAAAUUCAAUUAUACCUUCCAAAGCUUCAGUUCCAAACAAUUCAGUUUUUUUUUUUAUUAUUAUUUCAUCUUUUAUUAUUCGACAGGUAAUAUUCGGUCCAUUAUAUUUUGCUUUGCAAAUUCGCCCAUUAAAUUUCAGUGGUUAAAAUUUGGUUGAAAAUUCAAUCUUGUACAUCCUGGCAUUGCAGGAAAAGCAGUAGUGUGCCGAUGCAUAAUGUUCACUGAAUAUUUUGGAACUGAACUUUGGAAGGUGAAUAUUUAUGAUUGAAUUUUUAAUGAUGAAAUUUUGUAUGAAAUGUUUUCAGUUGAAAUAUUCAUAGCUUCAAUAUACAACCAUAUGAAAUUGCAUCCCUAAAAAAAUGCAAGUACUGUUAAUAAGCACUGUUUAUUUUUCAAAUUCACAAUGUUUUUUUUUUCCACGUAUGCACAAAAACACAUGCUCACACUUGCUUAAUGCAUAUCACUGGCUGGGAUCCUAUUAAUGCAAGCAGUGUAUUUAAGUUUACAUUGUAAUGCAAGGUUAGUGUGCUUUAUGUUUGAAUUGCACUGCUUGUUAAAGCAAGAAUUAACGCACAAAAUGUAGUCAUACCUAUUUUGCUCGUUCCUAAUUGAACUUCCAGUGUCUUGCUUCCAAAAAUCUAACUUUGUUGUGUCCAGUUACCUAAAUUAUGUUCAUAUGUCUUAAAUGUAUGGAAAAUUAUUUACUUAUACAAAAUGUAUGUAAUUUGUUUUGUGCAGGAAUGAUGUAGUAAAUGGAAAUAGUUCUUUAUAUCCAUUAGUGCUGCUAUUUUGAUAAAUAGCUAAUGUCACCGGAGUGCAAAAUGGCAUUUUAAUACUGAAGUUAAGAAAAAGAUAUCACCUGGUUAUACAUUUUUCUUAUCAGCAGUAAGAAAUGUAAUUUCUGCCACUUCAAAAUGCAAAUGUUCCACAGGAAUACAAAAGGCUGAAUGCAGAUAGCUAUGCAGCAGAUUAAACAAUACAAAAAAGCAAUGAAUGAAUAAUCAGUGUAUGGUUUGCAAAAGAAGGAAGACUGGAAGAGAAGGAAAGAAUAACUUGAAUAGCUGCAUUUAUGAAGUCUUUUCAAAACACCUUUUUACCUGGAUCUUUCCAUUUGUAGAAUCCUGUUCAGUACGCCAAGUUUCUGAUCUGUCCUUCAUUUGAUAAAGGUGGCACUGCACACACGUGGUAGGUUUUGGGCACAGAGAGGAAAAGAAUGUUGACGAUGGGCAUUUUGUGACUUGCUUCUCAAUUUGUACAAAUCCUAUUAUACUGCAUUAUCACAAUCUAUUCUUUAUUUUUUUGCCAUUACUAUUUUCUCAUGUUUGGUUUACAGGCCUUUUUUAUAUGACUUAUAUUAAAAACAUCUGUACAAAAACAAUGUUAAAAUGUACAAUAUCAGCAACUGUUUUAAACGCCUUCAAAUUCCAUAGAAGAUUUCAGUCAGCUACUUUUAAACGGACUGCUGUUUGAUGACAUCAGGGGGCAUGAAUGAGCCAAAUAUGCGCAAAUGUUUCAAUUAUGUGCAGAAGUGCUUUGAUAACCUCACUUAAGAGUGCCACCUGAUGGUUAUAUCUGUACCAGAGGCUUGCACCCUCAAACUUAUUCCUCUUGGGAUGCAGAGUUUCUUUUCUUUCUUUCUUUCUUUAUUUAUUUAUUUAUAUGUAGUAUGUCUGCUAUCUUUGUAUACAUUCUUUUGUUGCCUGCACAACUGAAAGAAAGAAGUCCUAAAGAAAAAAAAAUAGUUCAUUUGAUCUGUUAGACUAUGCUUGCCAGCUUGAUGGAAUGAGAAAUUGCAAUUUUAUAUGAACACAGUUCCAAGAUUUUCAACAUACUUGGUGCUUCCUAAGUGUGCCAUUCCAAGAAAUGUUUAUGAGAUAUUUUAUUUUAUUUUUCUCUGGAAAAUGCAGUCUCUCUCAUUCUAGCUGACCUGUAAUGCAGCCUUCGGAACUAAUUAGCCAGUUUUUGGUUUGUUUUGUAUUUGUUUCUAACAGAAAGUUUUAUUAAUUCAAGGACCAUUUUACUUGGUAACUCAGUGUUACACCUGUUGUUUUGUUUUCAGCCUUAUUUUCAGAUUUUACAAAGGUUCUGCAGUCUUACUUUGUAGAAUAUUCAGAGAGUGUAGGGAGAGUGUACUCUAAGUAACAGUAUUUGGGACCUGAAAAGCCAGAUCUGAGAUAUGGUGCUGUAUGCAAGGUGAUGGUAAAUCACUUAUUGUUAACUGGAACUUGGAACAGAGUGCUGCAGUAUUGAGUAGAAUCAGAUGUAGAAUCCAGUUAACUCAAAGUCAAGACAUACAUUUGAUACUGUAAGCAUUGGAGGAGGUCAAAAAUCCAUGACUAUAGUACUUUUUGUUCCCAAAAUAAAUCCUAUUUUACAACAACCAGCACUCCUGAGUGUAAUUAAUUGUCUGAGAUUCUUUAUCCAAUGUAAAUGCAACUAAGAAAGCCACCCCAUCUCUCAGCAUCUAUAGUGCUUGCCGUUGUGUCAGUCCUAAUCUAACAAUUUGUUCCCCUCAAAUUGUUUAUGUUAUUGAAUGCAGAAUAUGACUCAAAUGGACCUUUUUAUGAAGACCUCUUACCAAUCUGAAGUGCCAUCUUACCAAUUUUUAGCAUCUGUCUUUGCCCAAAAUUCACAAUUAUUAGUGCCUAAUGCUUUAUUGAUGCUAAAUAUGGUUUUGAUAAGAGAAUAUUGUGAUAUAACAAGAUGAUUGGAUGAAACUCAGUAUCAGCUCAGAAAGGUUGUGAUUGGUCUUAAUAACACGGUUGUAGAGAGUUUGAUUCAAAGAAAAAUAAAGACCUUCAGUUUUGUUGAGGGGGACAUAUUUAAAGAAUAUACUGAAAUGUACAAUAUCUUUUCAAUGUUUAUUCUUGUUUUUAUACAUUUAUUUUGUGUUUUUACUGACCAAAAUGUGUUUGUAAAAAAAAUAACGCAUAUAAUCUUGAAUCAUCAUGCUGCGGAGCGCACCAUUUUGUUACAUUUUUAUUUAAGAGUAAUACUAAUUCUCUCUUUUUUUUUUUUGUUUUUUUUUUUGUCUUUUUGUCUUUUUUAAAUCUGUAGUUCAAUGGAAUAGUUUUGUUAGCUAGAUCUUUUUCAUAUUGUAUUUUUCUAACAUUGCUUCCUGUUCAUGUUAAUAGUAGUAUAAAUUGACAAAGAGGUGAAAUUAUAGAUCUAUGAAUAUAUAAAUAUAUAUUGAAUUAAGUACAGAGUGUGCUAUAUUCUUGGACCAGGCAUUGUGGCUCCUGUUAGUAGCAACAGCAGAAAUUUUGUUCCUUGUUCCUAAAAAUAUUUAAUAAAAUGUUUCGG